AUGGCAGACGAUGCUACUGCCAACCAGCGUCGUUCUUCAAAGAGCAAAGGCUCCGAGGCCUAUGCACCUGCGGAAUACCCUAACAUCGAAGAAGGCAAACAAUCGUCAGCAAAUGGGGUACUAGAAGCCCUGGGCUAUGAGCCUGAACUCAUUCGAAACCGCUCCACGCUUCAGGUGGCCUUCAUGUCCUUUGUGCUCGCAGCAAUUCCAUACGGACUGGCUACGACUUUCACCUACCCUCUUGUUGGGGGAGGCCCUGUCAACAUAAUCUGGGGAUGGCUUGCCGUUUCUUUGAUUACGCUAUGUGUGGCUGCUUCACUUGGCGAAAUCACCUCAGUCUAUCCAACUGCCGGAGGGGUCUACUACCAGACUUUUAUGAUAUCUCCACCGUCAUAUCGAAGAAUCGCCUCGUGGAUUUGCGGAUGGUCAUAUGUUGUUGGAAAUAUCACCAUCACGCUUGCAGUCAACCUUGGGAGUACUCUAUUCCUCAUUUCAUGUAUCAACGUUUUCGAAUCCUCUCCAGGAGUAGGAAUCUUCGAAGCGGAAACGUACCAAGUUUUUCUUAUAUUUAUCGCAGUCACAUUUCUCGCUAACGCAAUAUCGACAUAUGGAAAUGCAUGGCUGCCUUACCUUGACACAUUCGCAAUAUUCGUGACAUUUAUAGGAGUGUUGGCUAUUGUGAUAUGUGUUCUUGUGGUUGCGAAAGAGGGUAGACAUGACGCCAAAUAUGUUUUUACUAGUUUUGAGCCGAUAUCUGGCUGGCCAGCAGGCUGGUCUUUCUGCGUCGGACUUUUACAGGCAGCUUAUAGCACUUCUUCCACUGGUAUGGUGAUUUGUAUGUGUGAAGAAGUUCAGCAACCAUCAACACAAGUCCCAAAAGCAAUGGUUGGAACGGUCAUUCUAAAUACCCUCGCCGGGUUCCUCUUCCUUAUUCCAUUGGUUUUCGUGCUCCCCGACACAAAGGUUUUAGCAGCUCUCGAAUCCGGUCAACCAGUUCCGAGUAUUAUCAAGUCCGCUGUUGGAAGUUCAGUUGGAUCAUUCCUGCUUCUCCUACCAUUGAUAUUGCUCUCGAUGUUCUGUGUCAUUGGCUGUACUACGACCGUCUCCCGAAGCACCUGGGCGUUUGCUCGCGAUGGAGGUAUACCAGGCUCCAGAUGGUGGAAGCAGGUAAACAGAGACGGCGUACCUUUCAAUGCUAUGAUGCUUGGCAUGGUUAUUCAGAUAUUGCUUGGCUUUAUCUACUUCGGGUCAACUACUGCAUUUAAUGCAUUCACAGGCGUCGGAGUUAUUACCUUGACUGUCAGCUAUGCUUGCCCAAUCGUUGUGUCUCUUGCUGGAGGUCGAAGACACAUAAAGAAUGGCCAAUUCGAUCUUGGCACACUCGGGCUGGUUUGCAAUAUUGUGACAUUGGCAUGGAGUCUUCUUGCCAUUCCGCUAUUUUGCAUGCCUUCUUCAAUCCCCGUCGCUGCCGAUACGGUCAACUAUGCACCGGUGGUGUUUGUUGCAUUUAUACUAAUUGCUUCUGGAUGGUACUGGGUUUGGGGCUACGAGAAGUAUGUUGGGCCGCCAACAAUGGACGAUGAGUUUCGCUCAUCAGACUUGUAA